AAGUAACCGCUGGUUUAUUUCUGCUCAGCUAGCUUACUUUGCUUCUCGGCAAUCAAUAUUCUCCUCUGUCUAUCCAGCUCACCUGGUCCCUGGUACUUCAAAAUACAAGCAUUCAUGGCAUCUCUGGCGUCCGUACAUUGGAACAAGACUUUCAAACCGGCUGCUUUGGAACACUCUGCAAAUUCUAUAACAUCCAGUCGUCAUCACAUUGAUGGUAUGCGUAGUCUUUCCAACGCUUUCUAGCUUCCUUUUCCUCACCAGGUGUGAGCAUCCAUACUGGUAACUUCUCGUUGUGUUUAUCCAUCCUUACUGCACAACUUGAAAAGGGUUCCACUGUGCCUUGUUUAUCGAAGUUUGUAUGCUUUGUCAUUUGGGAUUUGAAAGAAAUCUGAUGGUUUUCAUCAUCGGAGCACCUCGUUUGUCCGUAUUGGGAGAUAUUCCGUUUUGGGAGUUUCAAGACAUUUUCACCUGCUGUUGUCAAAAAGUAAACAAACAACUACAAACACAUCUGUUUACCUCUCUUUCUUAUCUAGAGCUAUCCUUAAGUAUUAGAGUAACUAUGGUGUUACAGGACCCGGCUGGUCUUCUUCGACAGACACUUGAGGGAUGUGAUAUUCAAUCGGAUCUCGAUACGAUCGAUCGUAUUGCUGCGAGCUUGAGGGUAUUACAGUCUGAACGUGACCAGAGAAUACAUACAGAACAGCGAGAACUUCAACUGAUGUCUGAGAAACUAUCUCAACAGCUUCAAACACUUGAGAAUACCGAAUCGUCCAAGAUGAGAAACGAUAUGAAGAAGAAGAUUAAAGAGAACCAAUCAUCAGAAUUGGAACUAAACAAGACCUUAAAGGAAGUCACCAGUAAUAAACAGGAGCUAUCAACAACGCUCAGUAGUCUUGUUGAUGAAUUGUCCUCUUUGGAGAAGCAAAUUGAAGAUCUAGACUUUGUUGAUGACAUUGAAGAUAAAGAUGCUAUUGUUUUGAAACUCAUGGUUUAUAGAAAGCUAGGUCUCAAGAUUGACAUGAAGUCCUCAGCGAUGAUCAUAUACAACAAGGAGAAAAACUUGACUGAUUUCUUGAACUAUGGAGAUGAAAAAUACAGUUCGUAUUUUAUUUCUAACUACAUCUGGGAUAGACUUUGAGGAGAUACAAUUCACAUAGUUGGUAAAUUACUUUCAUUUCUCUUUAGGUUUUAUGUUCCACGUUGGUAUCCCAAUAUCUGCUGAUGGAGCUGUUUAUAAUUGUGUUAUCAUGU